AUGGCAGCGCAACUGGACCGGCACCUGGUGUUCCCGCUGCUGGAGUUCCUCCAGGAGCGGCAGCUCUACUCGGAGCCCGAGUUCCUGGAGCCCAAGAUCCGCCUCCUCAGCAGCACCAACAUGGUCGACUAUGCCAUGGACAUCCACAAGUCCCUCCACGGCACCGACGACGUCCUCGAGGACAUGGUCAAGCGCCGCACCGAAGUCGUCUCCAGGCUCAGGUUGCUCGAGGAGGCCGCCGCCCCGCUCGUCGCCUUCCUCCAGAACCCGCAGCUCGUGCAGGAGCUCAGGCCCGACAAACAGUACAACAUCCACAUGCUCCAGGAGCACUACCAGAUGUGGUUGUGA